AUUCACCAAACCAAUUCGACCCUAUCUUCUAUUCUCUAUAUCUCUAUGCUCAAAUAAGUAAUGAUCAAGCUACAAAAUCUCUUCAUAUUUUUCAUCAUAACUUUACCAUCGAUCAUAUCCCAAAAACCAAUUACUUGCAACCGGUCAUGCCCCGGCAGCCAACUCACUCCCGUCCCAUACCCGUUCGGCUUCUCACCCGGCUGCCAAAUCCAACUAAACUGCACAUCAAACGGUACCGUUUUAAUCAAUGAAUUCCAAGUCCAACAAAUAAACCCAGAAGGCUUAUUCGUAAGCCUUUUAGCCACAUGUGGGCGCCCUGUUCACAAACUCAAACACCUAUACGGUGAACACUACGCGCCCACGUCAACAAAUGCAAUCCUCAUGCAAAACUGUACGGAAAAGAUGGUAAAAAAUUGCAUGAUUCCUGCAACGAUGUUACGUACGCAUCUCGAGAUUGUUAAUUGUAGUGGUGGUGAUGUUGGCUAUGGUAACGUGAGUUGUUAUUCUAGUGAUGUUACUCGUAUGUUUCUUGAUUAUGACAAUGUUGCGCAUAUGGGAUGUCGGUUUUUGCUUACCGGUGUUGCCACCGAGAUGAUUGGUGAUACCGCGAUUUCUUUGGAUAUACAAAUGGUUAAGUUAGGGUGGUGGCUUAAAGGGAGUUGCGAAGAUUGUUCGAGUGAUGCUAAUUGUACGACGAUUGUGUCGCCAGCGGAUGGUAGCGAUGGGUAUCGGUGCAAGUGUAGGAGCGGGUUCGAUGGUGAUGGCUACAAAGGUAGCUCCGGUUGUCGGAGACUUAAUGGUUCUUCUGGUUGCAAUGCUUCAAAGUAUUUAUUUGGUCAUUGUGGAGGGACUGGUAGAGUUGGUGUACUGAUUGGAGCUGUUGUUGUCGGAGCUUCAUUGAUUAUUUGCAUAGGGUUGGUUAUAUGCUUUAUUCGUCGUCGAACCAUUUCAAGGUCUAGAAGUAGGGUAAACAGGUUGUUUUAUGAAGCCAAAGGCAUCACAGUUCCCAUUUACACUUACAAAGACAUCGAGAAGGCCACAAAUAACUUCUCUGAUAAACAACGGCUAGGAACUGGAGCGUAUGGCACUGUGUACUCUGGAAAACUUCAGAAUGGAGAAUGGGUUGCAAUUAAACGUAUUAAGCACCGAUCUGAUGGUGACAAUAUUGAACAAGUUAUAAAUGAAAUCAAACUUCUUUCAUCGGUAAGCCAUCCAAACCUUGUUCGUUUGUUAGGUUGUUCAGUUGACAAAGAUGAACAAAUACUUGUUUAUGAGUUCAUGCCAAAUGGGACUUUAUCACAGCACUUGCAAAGAGAAAGGGGUAAUGGGCUUCCUUGGCCCGUUCGUCUCAUAAUUGCUACUGAAACCGCCCAAGCUAUUGCUUAUCUCCACUCAAAUUUGGAUCCUCCAAUCUAUCAUAGAGAUGUCAAGUCUAGUAACAUAUUAUUAGAUUACGAUUUCAAAACAAAAGUAGCGGAUUUUGGCCUUUCAAGAUUGGGAAUAAUGGAGUCAUCGCAUAUUUCAACUGCACCACAAGGCACACCAGGAUAUUUAGACCCGGAAUAUCACCAGAACUUCCAUUUAUCUGAUAAAAGUGAUGUUUAUAGUUUUGGAGUUGUUUUGAUUGAGAUUAUAACAGCUUGUAAAGCGUUAGACUUUUCUAGAAGACAGAAUGAGGUCAAUUUGGCAUCACUGGCUGUUGACCGAAUAAAAAGGGGUUCUCUUGAGGAGAUAAUUGACCCUUCCCUCGAGCAUAAUCAAGACGAGUGGACCUUUUCCUCAAUCCAUAAGGUUGCUGAAAUAGCAUUCAGAUGUCUUGCAUUUCAUAGUGAAAUGAGACCUUCUAUGAGUGAGGUGGCAGCAGAUUUGGAGGAAAUUAGCAUAUCUGCAAAAGAAAAUAUCAAAUUAUCGUUGGAAGAGUCUAAUCGUUCAUUGAUAUCUAUUGUCAGUGAAAAAGAAACGAAUAAGGAAGUUAAGAACAGCGAAUCUGAUAAUAAAAGUUUGUUUGAUAGCUUGAAUUCAAUGAAUGAACGAAACCUUUCAACCAUGUAUGGGGAGGAUCAAUGGCCAAGUGAACCGACCUCUCCUUCAUCCAAUGGUUUGCUUGGUUCCAGCACAAGGAUGUGAAACAGUAAUCAUCGGUCUACUUAUGCAACGUUUAAGGUAGGAUGAAUGUACAUAUCGAUCGUUAAAGACUUUCAAUGGUGAAUUUUUGAGCUUAAGACUAACUUCAGUUUCUAUGUAUAUGUUUCAAAAAGUACAAGCUAUGUUGAAAUGAAAUGAAAUGUAUAUAUAUGGCACUUAUAAACUA